AAGAUUAUUAUAUAAAAAUGUAAUAUUCAUUAAAGAUAAAGAAACAGAGAAGAUAUAUAUUAUAUUACAUAUUUUAAUACUUAUUUGUUUAUUUUUCUUUUUUAUUUUCAUAUUUUUAACAUUAUUAACAAAGAAAAUCUUUUAGAAUAUAUAGUAAUAAAUUUAGCUAAGAAAUCUUAUAGACAUUUUUUGUUCAACAUCUGUUCGUUCCAGUACCUUGCAAAAUUCUUCCAAAGAUAUCAUACCAUCUCCAUUUUCAUCAGCUUCAAGAAUCGUACGUUCUGCAAUGCUGGUGAGUUGUUCCUCACUAUAUAUGUAUAGAGACAUACUCAUAUGUAUAUAUUUAUAUAGUGAUCCAAAUUUACUUAUUUGUAAAUAUCAUAUAUACUUCCUACCUAAUAUUAGCUCCAACCAUCAUAUGCAAAAUAGCCAAUAAUUCAUCUUUAGAUAUUAAGUCAUCAUUAUCCAAAUCGUACAUUUUAAAAGCAACUAUAAAUAUAAAUUAUUAAAUAAUUGUUAUGAUUUGUUAAUUAUAGUUUUUAGUAUUUAUUAAUCAAAUUGCUUAUAUAAAUAAUAAAUAUGAGUGAAUUUGCAAAACAUCUAAAACAAUUAAUAGUACUACGUACAUUUUAAUUUUUCCUGCCUCGAGUUUAAUCUAUUAGGACUGUUUUUCUUGAUUGGCCUAAAAUGUGCUAAUACUUGCAUGAACUGUAAAAAAUUAACUCUAUCGUUACCACUUUCAUCAAAAAAGGCGUUCACUAUUCUUUCACCAAGAGGAUUUAUUGCAAGUUCAGGAAUUCUGAGAAAAUCUUCUCGACUUAAUGUACCACAGUCUCCACGGUCCAGACUAGUAAAUCGACUAUACAAACGUUCAAUUUGAUUUGGAGUAACUAGAAUAAAUGCAAUAGAAAUGUAAAGUUGUAAUUCCAGAAACAUCAUUUUCUGUGAAAGUUACAAAUGUUAAGAAUCCAUAUUACAUAAGAAUAUAUGAAAUUAAAAAUUAUAUUGAAAAGUCUAGUCUUAUCACUAGAAAAUUAAUAAAAUAUAUGAAAAAGAAAAAGUUGAAUUCAAAGAAUAAUGAUGAACUAAAUUUAGGAGAUUUUGUCAUUAUUCAUGGUAAAGCAAGUCAAAACGUGGAUCUUCCAGCAUGGUUUUGCAGAGGAAUAAUUGGUCAUCUUAAUCCCACAACUAUGAGAUAUAAUGUUCUCUUAGUAGAUUAUGGGAUUUCAUUAUCAUUAUUAAAAGAUGAUUUUAUUUUUUUACAACAUGAUAUUAUACCUGAUAAGUAUUUAACAUCAGUUAUUGGUAUAUAUAACAUAGUACCUACAAUUAUUAAGAAAAAAGAGUCUACAAAUGAAUUUAUACAGUUUAUAACAGAUAAAUGGACAACCAAAGCUAUAAAAUUUAUAAAAGAAUUAAUUGUUGCAUCUAGUACAAUAUAUUUUGAUAGAUUAGUUUGUGAUGAGAAAGGAAAAUAUUAUGGAGAAUUAUAUCUUGUUAUAAAUAAUGAAAUAAUAUGUUUAAGUAAAACUCUAACUGAAAAUGGUUAUGCAACUUAUUUAAAAGGAGAUCUAUUAAAAUUAAUAAAGGAACCGAAUAAUAAGUUUAAAAAAGAAUCCAAGGAUAAUAUUACUACUUAUUAUAUACAAAAAAUAAAUGAUUGUAAUUUAUAUAAAAAUAAGGAUAAUACGGCAAAUUUAAGUAAAUAUCAUUCCAGAGAAAGCAAUGCUGAAUAUAAAGAAAGGUUCUAUGAAAAAUGUUCAAAUAUGAUAAUAGAAAACCGUACAAGUAAAGUAUUAGUAUAUAGUAAUAUAUUAUGUAAAACUUUGAAUUUUGUUACCGACGCUCAAUUUCCUGCAAAGAUACAUCAGGCUUGGGAUUCAUUAGUGCAAUCAAGUAAACCUAAGAAGAUGCAAUCAUAUAUCUGGCCUGCUAUAAAGCAAAAGCUAGAUGUGGUUGCUAUUGGAACUAAAGAUUGUGGUAAAACGUUUGGAUACACUUUUGCUAUUACUGGUUUACUUGCUGCACAAGAUUCGUUGCCUGAAGGAAAUAAACCAUCAGUGUUAAUACUAUGUUCAUCAUCUUCAGAAGCAUUCAGUGUACAUUCACUUUGCUUGGAAUUUUUGCAAAGCUGUGAUAAUAUUAACACAGUUUUAGCAUUUACUGGAAAAUCAUACAGAUUACUGGCGGCUGAAAUAUACAAUGGAUGUCAGAUAUUAGUUUCAACACCAAGAUUCUUAGCACAAUUUAUAAGAACACACAAAGAUUUGUUAAAUUUUGAUAGUCUUUGUCAUUUAAUUCUUGAUAGUGCAGAUGUGAUAUUAGAUAAAUAUUAUGCUUCUAUAGUGGAAUUAUUUGGAAAACAUAAAAUAAUAAAAAAUAGAGAAAAUCAAAAUGACGAAUUAUUUCCAUUGCAAAUAAUCUUUGCUGCGAGAUAUUUCACUACACCAAUAAGAACACUUGUUCAGAAAGUUAUGUAUAAACCAUAUAUAUGUAUUACUUCAUUUUUAGAAGCAGUAAUAUUUAAAUCUGUUCAACCGAAGAUGUAUCUUAUAAACUCAAAAUUUAAACUUCAAAAGAUUUUAGAUGUAUUGGAUAAUGAAUACAAGUUAAAAACUAUGAUUAUAUGUACAACUAUCGAUGAAGCAGAAGAAUUAAACGCGUUCUUAUUGAAAUAUAGACAAACACUUCUAGCUCAUGAGAAAAAGCAUCUGUUUGAAAUACAAGCUGUUAAAGAAAUAUGGGAAGUAUCUGUUCCUGAUCAUUAUCCUAUUAUAAUAUCCACUGAUGAAGUUUUAUCUGAUUUAGAUAUUACAGAUGUGGAUUGGUUGAUACACUAUUCUGUUUCAUUACAUGUACAAACAAAGUUUAAUUAUAGAUUUUCAACACUUAUGAAUAAUUUACAAAAGAGAACAACUAAAUGCAAAGUUACGAUAUUUGUAAAUGAAAAUGAUAAUAUACAAUUUUUAAGUAUAAUUAAUAUGAUGAAGCGAAUGGGUGUAGUAUUAUCAGAGCAUGUAUUAUUCAAUAUUGAGCGUAUUUCUAUGUCAUUGGAUAAAUGUAAAAGGGAAUAUCCUAUAUGUGAUAAAGUGAAAUCAUUAGGAUUUUGUCCAAACAAAAGUUCUUGUGUAUUUAGACAUUGUAUUCUUCCUGACAUCGAUACACCAAUGACAGAAAUAGAAACAGGAGAUAAAGUUAAAUUUAUAAUUACGUAUAUACACAAUGCAAGUCAUUUUUCAGCCAGAGUGAUAGAAUAUGUAAAAGCAAAUACUUCGGAAAGGAUAGAAUUUUCAAAAAAUGAGUAUAUUAUGCUUACAUCAAAAAUUCAAAAUUUUUAUGGGAAUAUUGAUAACAGGAAGAGGUCUGCUAUCGUUAACGUAGGAGAUAUUUAUGGCUUAGAAGACUCAAUAGAAAGUUUCAAAAGAGUACAAGUCUUACAAAUUAAAGAUGGAAAAAGAAAUCAUUUUGAGAAUAUGGAAAAUGUAGAUGUAAGAUGUAUUGACACUGGCAAUAUAUUAAACAAUAUUAAGAUCCAAAAAUUAUUGUGGUUGCCAGAAGAAUUAUCCAAAUUGCCAGCACAUAUAGUAGAAAUUUUUUUAGUUGGCAUAGCUCCAUGCGAUGAUGAAUAUGAAUGGAAUAAUUGUGCUAAUGAAAUUGCUUAUGAUUGGUUUGUUAAGAAUUUAAAUCAAUAUUCAUAUAUUAUUGGGGAGGUUUCUUUACAUUUGAGUAAUAUAAUUUGGACAAACACUCUUGAAAUUGGAACAAAGAUAAUUGGACGAUCGGAUAUAAUCGGCCUUUGUUUAAAAACUGAACUUAUAAAUAAACAUCAUGCUGUUGUCAAUAAAGAUCAUAUGCAAAAUAUAUAUACGUUGUGUAAAAAAAGUGGGUUAAUCAAGGACAGCAAAAGUGAUUUAGAAUAAUUGAAAGUUUUAUUAGAGAAAUAAUAAAAAUAUUUUUCUUUACAUACUAUUAUACAUACUAUUAUACAUGUACAAUCCAAAUAAUAUUUUGUAAUAAAUAAAUGGUACUAUCCUUA